AUGCCUCGUGGUCACAAGAGUAAGCUCCGUGCUCGUGAGAGGCGUCACCAAAACAAAGCUGAGGCCCAAAGUCUUAAAAGUGCUCAGGCCACUGCAGGAGAGGAAGAAGAGGCUGCUUGCUCCUCCUCUUCUGUUCUGGGGGAUGCUCCCUCGAGCUCCACUGGUGCUGGUCCUCUCCAGGCAUUUCUGAGUGCUUCAGCCAUCAACAGUACUGCUGCAGGUGUUUCAUGCGAAAGAUCCCCUGGAAAAGCCAAGGGCCAUGGUAGUAAAAGUAAAAAUUUGUCUGGGGCUUCAGCUUCCACUGGGACCCCUGGCAAAGAUCUUCUAAGUAAGAAGGCUACGCAGUUAGUAGAGUACCUGAUGCAUCAGUAUAAAAUAAAGGAGCCCAUUAGAAAGACAGACAUGCUGAAGAUAGUCCACAAAUGGUGCAAAAAGGACUUCCCUGAGAUUCUCAGGAAGGCCUCUGAUCGCAUAAAUCUGUUCUUUGGCCUAGAAUUGAAAGAAGUCAAGCCCAAUGGUAACUAUUACAUACUUGUAGACAGUCAAGGUGACACCAGCUAUGGGAGUCUGAGCAGAGGCUGGAGAUUUCCUAUUAAAGGGAUUCUGAUGCCUCUUCUGAGUAUGAUAUUCCUCAAUGGCAACCGUGCCUCUGAGAAGGAGAUCUGGGAAUUCCUGAAUAAUUUGGGCAUCUAUGAUGGAAAGAGUCACUUCAUUUUUGGAGAGCCUAGGAAGCUUAUCACCCAAGAUUUGGUGCAGGAAAAAUAUCUUGUGUACCAGCAGGUGGUCAAUAGUGAUCCUCCAUGCUAUGAGUUCCUUUGGGGUCCAAGAGCCCACGCUGAAACCAGCAAGAUGAAAGUUUUACAGUUUUUGGCCAAGCUCAAUGAUAAUGAACCCACAGCUUUCCCAGAUUUUUAUGAGGAGGCUUUGAGAGAUGAGGAGGAGAAAAGCCAAGCUGCACCCAGGGCUAGCAGUCCUUCCAAGACCAGUGGGAACCCCACAGUCACAUCCAGCCUCUACUCUCCCCCUGAGUGA